UCCGAAGUGAUGAUCCUUGGAAACGUGAAGAAACGAUUGGAAGAAGACUAUGAUGAUUAUUUUUCGCUUCACGAUGACGAUCUUUUUCACGAUGCAGAGGAUUCAAAUGAUAUUUUAGAAAUAGAUCAACCUUCUGCAGAAGUUACUAUGAAUCACUAUGAUUACUAUCGAUACACGUUACAUAAUAUUUACCCCAACGAACCGAAAUCUAUGCUGGUGACAGCGUCGGCAACGAAGCACCAAAAAACGAAGCAAGAAUUGACAGGACAGUCGGUACAAACCUCCCGAAACUGUACGUCUUUCAUUCACAAAUUCCGUUUCGCAAAUUCGAGCUUGAAUUGCAAUCGCAGUUCGUUAAGAGAGCAAGAAUGCAGUCCUAGCUCGUCGAUCGAGUAUUGCUCCGCUAGGGACGUUUCUUUAUCAAAGUUGCAAUCGUCCCACGACAAUUGUUUUUCAAACGACGUUUCGUUCAAAGACGACAACAUGUUACAAGACACUAGGGAAUUUUUCGAUCGCAUCCCAGUGGAUUCCUACACUGUGUGCUGUUACCAACGGAACUCAACGCCAAACUUUUCAAAUUCGUCUAAAUUGAUCACCGAAUCUCUAGAUUUUGAAACCUUAACUGAUUGUUCACGUGAUCAGUUUCGAAUUACGUCGAACGAACGACCUAACGAGGAAAGCGAGAAGAAGGUUAGAGAGGAGUGGAGAGGUUAUGUGAGAAAAAUGGAUUUGCUGCCUACUUACGAUUUUGACACGGACAGCAGUUAUUCGGAUGAAUCGCUUAAUCGAAGGAUCGAUGUUGUGAUAAAAGAGUUCACGGAGAAUCUGAUUCUAAGCGAGAGAAAGGCGAAGACGAAAUUGAGGAAGAUGAAAAAUUCUACGAGACACAGGCAGACGAGUAAACGACGGAAGAAUAGGCAACAAGCACAGAGGGUAACAGGAUGCAUUUCAAAACGAAGCUCUACCAGCAAAUUCGAAUCUUCUCCGCAGCAGAACGACGAUGAUUGGGUCAUAAGUAGUUCCACGCCACCCUUGUUCUCCUUCUCUGAUUCUGAAAUCGAUCAUUUAUAAUUUUCUAAGAAAUCGGAACAAGUAUCACGCCUUAAAGCACAAUUUGAAGAUACGAAAUUACCGACCUCUAAUUAUUUCAACUAGUUUCGUUGAGUCGCAGAACUUGUUACUAACCAGAGUUAGUAUUCUAGAUUAGUAUAGAACAUUAGUAAAAGCUUCUUAUCAUAAAGAUUUUUACUCUAAACCGCAGAUUUUUAUGCAUUUAUGAGAAGUUCGAAAGUAAAAAAAUACGCAGAAUGUAAACAGUUUACAAAGUAGUAUGAAAUAUUCAGAGUA